GGGAGUUAGGGAGGUGUGGGUUUUGGUGGUUUUGGUGAGGUUUGGUUGGUGUUGAGGGUUUUUAGGGGUCAUGGCGUGGCCGUGCAUCGCCAGGGCGUGCUGCAUGGCACGGUUCUGGACUCAGCUGGACAAGGCCGACAUCGCUGUGCCGCUGGUUUUCGUCAAGUACUCUGAGGUGUCAGAAGAGACGCAGCAGCUGCAGAGAGACCGGGAGCGGGAGAAAGAUCGGGAUCGAGAAAGAAAUCGUGAAAGAGACAGAGAAAAAGACAGACACCGGGACCGGACCCGGGACCGUCUGCAGGAGAAAAGCCAGGAACGGGAUCCAGAAAGGAAUCGGCAGGAAGUGACCCGUGAUGGUCGUGAGAAUGCUCCUGGCUCUGUCAUGCGGCAGGACUUCAAGGCAUGGAAGGUUCGCCCAGAGCCAAGCUGCAAGCCCAAGUGCGAAUACCAUGGCCCAGAGGUUCCUUUCGACAGCCAGACCCAAUACCGCCAGGACUAUAAGCCGUGGCCUAUUCCCAGGAGGGGUGACCACCCCUGGAUACCAAAGCCAGCACUGGAGUGCGGCCUGGAGAAGAGCCAAACCGCUGACAAGGUGCAGGAGAAGGAGAUGCUGAUGGGAGAGAAGAAGAAGAGGCAAGUAAAGAGAGUUGAGAAAGAGAAGAAGGUCAUCACAGGAAAAGAGGGGUCAGCAGAGGCCCCUGUUAACGUGGGGAAGGGCAGGGAGGCUGUGGACGCUCUAAAUCGCCAAAUAAAGCAGGAGGUCGGUGGUGGGAGCUCAUACAGGAGGGAGUUUAAAGCUUACACAGACGUGAAGCCAGUGAAACUGAUCCGGGCCAAGUCUCAGUACCACCCACCAGAUGAGAAAACCAACCUGGAGACCAGCUAUAGUGCCACCUUCAGGGGAGAGCAGGCAAAGCUACAGCCUGCCGACAACAAGGCCCUGGAGAGGAGAAGAAUACGAACGCUGUACAGUGAACCAUACCUAGAUUCUAGCAAGGGGGAGAGAUCAAGUCUUCCUCGUUCCAAACCAAAAAAGACCACUUCUUCGUCCACCUCCCAGGGCAAAACGGUGAAGAAGUCCAAGGAGAAGCAGACGGCCUCGGUUCGAGGAUCAAAAAAGAAAAGCUCGGAGAACCAGCCAGAGAGACGGGCAGCGCAGGGCGACAAGGAGAAAAGUAAAGAGAUGAACAACAAACUGGCUGAGGCAAAAGAGGUUGUGCUAAAACAGUACCACUACAUUCAGCUCUGCCAACCCAUCCGAGAUAUUGGUUGGGUGCAGACGCUAAAGCAACACCUGUGGCGCUGUGCACUACCUGACCCAAGAGAGUCUGAGUCUGUCCUGGGACGAAUCAGUGAUUAUUAUUCCCCGGGUACCUCUGGAAGAGAAUCAGAGCCACUGGUGGAACGACCAGAACCACGCAGCAAGGCAGUAGUGCGAUUCGCGCCGGACGUCAAAUACUGACGCUGACCAGCAACAGAAGUGAAAGCGGACUAAAGGAGUAGAUGUGGACAAAUCUGAGUUACACAGUUUCCCCUCUAGAAUGAAAAGUGCUGUCUUAGGAGCCACACUGGAGCAAAGAGGCUACUUCUGAAAGCCCCUGCAUCAAUUAGCAUGGUGCUAACUGAAGACCUAAAUCUUCACACACUCCUUAACUGUGUGGAGGUGUUUAGUCAUUUCCAAUAGACUUGCUAGAUUUAAUGUGGUUUCUGAUUUGCUGGUGUUUACACACACGGGACACAGUUCAGACUUUAAGGUGCUGCUACUGUUUUUAGCUAUGCUAACAGAAAACACUAUGUGAAAAAAGUAUCAGGACAACUGUUCAUUCACUGUUUCUUCCUAAAUCAAGGUUAUUAAAAUAAUUUGUCCGUUAAUCCUGUUUUGGUUGGAGUAACUCUCUACUGUCCAUGGAAUGCUAUCUAUUAGAUUUUGCAGCAUUGCUGUGAGGAUUUGAUUGCAUUCAGCAUUAAGAGCCUUAGUGAGAUCAGGAUGUUGGGUGAUUAUCACCCUAUCUCAUUCCCAAAUUAUCCCAAAACUUUAUACCCCCCUCUGGCCCACACCUUGCAGUAAGAAUAUUGCCAGUAAAUUCAUAUGUAUCUGCUUAAGAGAUUCAAAUACUAUUGGCCAUACUUGUUUACAGGGACUAGACAACUUGUGUGUGUGUGUGUGUAUUUGUACAUCUGUGUCAGCAACGUCUGCAACCUACAGUAGCUGAAUGUAUUGCUUACAAACACUGCACACUUGGAUAUUGAAUGUAUUUUAGCCAACAACAGUGUUUCGUAAAACCUAUGUAAAGAGUCUGUGGAGAUUACUAAAUGCCUCCACUCAGUUCGAGGAGAGUAUGAGAGGAUUUAGACCUUUAGGCAGUUAGCACCAUGCUAACGUAUAUAUGAGUUAGCUACAUUAGCCUCUUAGCUCCAGUGCUAGAACUAGCAAACAUUAGAGUUGGGGGAAUUUUUGCACACUGGAUUUUGGUUUGAAGAAAAAGUACUGUAUGUAUAUAUGUAGUAUAUUCUAAUUAUAAAAAUCACUUGAUAGCUUCCCUAUGAGAGAUUCUUUGAGCACAGACUGUUUUGCUAAAGUUCUAAAUGGUGCUACAAAACACUCAUUUCUGUUCUAUAUUACUGCGCCAGAUAUACUGUCAGAUUUGGAGACACCAUACAAACCAUGAAGUGCUUCCUUAAAGUUCAUCCUUACUGUACUUAAUUUAAAUGCAAAUAAAUAUGAUGAUAGUAGCAAGUUA